AUGUCACGACUCCAGAAAUUGAUAAUACCUGUUGCGCUCUUUAAUCUGGUUCUCUUCCUUUUGUAUAAACAUAACUAUGUGUCUGACGGGUCCUUGUUGCGUUCCUACUGUGCGAAUUUAGACUUCUCGCCAUCCACAGGUACAUCUUCCUCUUCGCAGAAUCAAACUCUACGAGAGUUGGGAAGGUUUCUCCAGAUUCCAAUAUCGCUGCCGACGAUCUUCACAACAACAGCUUCGACAUCUACUCCCUCGACAUCUACUCCUUCAACAUCUACUUCUUCAGCGGUUCAUAUACCCGAAAAUGCAGCAAAUCUACCCGGACAUGCAGCAAAGACCUCUCCUCCUACACCUGGCCCAAGUCAUAUCCCAAUGAAAAUAUGGUACAAGAUGGGGCCCAAAGGAAUCAGCCCCGAAUCUGACGGUUAUAUCAAUCAUUGUCUGGAACUGAAUCCGGAAUACCGGCAUGAAGUCUUUACAGAUAUAACCGCAGAAAUAUACGUGAGGGAAAACUUUGCCCACCGCCCAGAUGUCGUCUCCGUUUACGAAGCACUCACAAUUCCGAUCUUAAAAGCCGACCUUCUACGAUACUUGAUAUUAUAUGUUGAGGGAGGAAUUUGGAGCGACUUGGAUGUCUCGUGUGAGGAAAUACCAAUCAGCGGAUUCAUCCCAACAGAGUUCAAGGACAAAGCAGGAUUGGUGGUUGGAUUGGAGUUCGACGAAGAUUCUUCCAAGGAUGGAUGGAUUGGCUCCCAAUUCGCCAGUUGGUGGAUUAUGUCGAGACCUUCACUCCCUCAUAUGAUGGUUAUUGUUGAUGAUAUAGUCAAGGAACUUAAACAGAUCGCAGAAGUGAAUGGAGUGGAUAUCGCGGGAAUACAGGUGCCUAUGCUAUCGGACGUUGUGCAGGUCACAGGGCCGAAAAGGCUGACUUGGAGUGUGAUCAGGAGUUUGGAAACAACUCUGGGGACCAUGGUGGAUGACAGAAAUAUCUCAGGACUUCAUACGCCGAAAUUGAUCGGUGAUGUUCUGGUGAUGCCAGGAAAUGCUUUUGCCGCCUUUCAGAAUGGGGACCCAACAGACCAAGGUCCUAAGUUGGUGUCGCACCAUUAUGCCGGAUCUUGGAAGAACGACAAGGGUGGUGAAGAUUAA